GGGGGAGAGAGACUACAACGACCGGCUCUCGCUCGAGGACUGUCAUUCUACACCGGUACAAUCUCGUCAGCAUGUCGAAACGCGCUGCCGAUGUCGACGAGGAGCACUCGGCUGCUCUCAAGGCGGGCGAGCGCCCGAUGGUGGACGCCCCUCCGGACGAGGUGGGGGAGUUUGAGGACGAGUUCGAGGACGAGUUUGAGAGCGAGGAUGAGAUCCUAGAGGCGGGGGUUGACGGGCGUCCGGAUGCGGAGCGGGAGGCGGAGGAGCAGGAGGAUGCCAUGGAGGUUGAUAAGCAGACGUUCAUCCCCGGGCGAACCAAGCUGGCACCGGGAGAGACGCUGGCACCGGAUCCGUCGACAUACGACAUGCUGCACACGCUGAGCACGCCGUGGCCGUGUCUGUCGUUUGAUAUUGUGCGGGACUCGCUGGGAGACAGCCGCAAGACGUUCCCGGCGACGAUCUACGCGGUGACGGGGACGCAGGCGGAGGGGGCGCGGGCCAAGGACAACGAGCUGCUGGUGCUGAAGAUGAGCGGGCUGAGCAAGAUGGACCGGCCCGACGAGACGGACUCGGAGAGCGAGUCGGACUCGGACGACGAGGACCUGGGCGAGCCGAUCCUGGAGUCCAAGGCGAUCCCGCUGAACUCGACGACGAACCGGAUCCGCGCGCACCAGACGCCUGGCGGCACGCAGUCGGGCGACUACAGCAAGCCGCCGCAGACGCUGACGGCGACCAUGUUGGAGAACGCGCAGGUGCUGAUCCACGACGUGACGCCGUUUCUGAGCAGCUUCGACGUGCCGGGGACGGUGCUGCCCCCGUCGGCGUACAAGCCGCUGUCGACGCUGCGCAUGCACAAGGCGGAGGGAUAUGCGCUGGACUGGUCGCCGCUGUACCCGCUGGGCAAGCUGCUGACGGGCGACAACGACGGGCUGAUCUACGUGACGACGCGGACCGAGGGCGGCGGCUGGGUGACGGAUUCGCGGGCCUUCACGGGCCACCAGUCGUCGGUGGAGGAGAUCCAAUGGUCGCCCAACGAGAAGAACGUGUUUGCCUCGGCGAGCAGUGACGGAACGGUCAAGGUGUGGGACGUACGGUCCAAGUCGCGCAAGCCGGCGGUCGACGUGCGCAUCUCCAGCACGGACGUCAAUGUGAUGAGUUGGUCCAAGCAGACCUUCCACCUGCUGGCGACGGGCGCAGAUGACGGACAAUGGGCCGUGUGGGAUCUCCGGCACUGGAAGCCCACGUCGGCGGCGGCGCCGCAGCAGGCCUCGCCCGUGGCGUCGUUUGAUUUCCACCGCGAGCCCGUGACCAGCAUCGAAUGGCACCCGACGGACGACAGUGUGGUGGCGGUCGGGUCCGCAGACAACACGGUGACCCUGUGGGAUCUGGCGGUCGAGCUGGACGAGGAGGAGAGCCGGGAGGCGGCCUUGGCCGAGGUGCCGCCGCAGCUGCUCUUUGUCCACUACAUGGAGUCUGUCAAGGAGGUGCACUGGCAGGCGCAGAUGCCGGGCACGCUGAUGGCCACGGGGAGCAAUGGAUUCGGUGUCUUCAAAACAAUCAGUGUAUAGUCUAGUCAAUCGACUAAACUGACUACUAGGAUACAUAGUACCUAACUAAGUUAGUACCUAGGUAUACAUGUAGUUAGUAACUGGUAUCUCCAUAUUCAGAGUCUAUUCUACUGACUGCCGACCAGUCGCAUCGGAGAUAAUUCCGUAGUCACAUUCUUCUAGUUCCAAUACUAGUAGUAUCCAAUACCAUGUGUUGCACACUAGGUAUGGAGUAUUUACCUUGUUUAUAUUAGU